UACAAGUGCACAACGCGGAUACUAAAAAUACGUUUAAAAACUAUUAUAAUAUAUAUAAAUAUAUUACUAAAUUGAAAUUUAAACCAAAAAUGAAGUUACUUAUUGUUUUUGCUGCUCUCUGCGCCAUUGCCUUGGCUGCACCAGUCGAUGAUUCUUCAAAGGCACAAAUUUUGCGUUUGGAAGCCGAUGUUCAGCCUGAUCGUUAUAAUUUCGCAUGGGAAACCAGUGACGGUAACAAACAUGAAGAGCAAGGAGAAUUAAAAAAUCUUGGACCUGAGGAUGACGCCAUUGUUGUUCGUGGCUCCUACUCUUUCGUAGCUGAUGAUGGUAAAACCUACACAGUUAACUAUGUUGCAGAUGAAAAUGGAUUCCAGCCUGAAGGUGCACAUUUACCCAAUGUACCAAUUGGAAAUUAACACUAAAAUCGAAAAAACGAAAAUACCAAGAGCUGUU